GAAAUGUAUGGUAGUACAUGUUCACUCCUAUAAAACGUAAGAUUAUGAGAUUGUAAAUUAAAGACAUCUUCAGCCGUCACAUCAUUUCUACACUUCCCUCGAAUUUUCAGAGGUUUUUGUAAUCGUAAUUUAUAAAUGGAGGAAGAACAGAGCAAAAUGAUUCCAUUGUUGGAGAAGGUGUACUAUGACGAUUGUCCUGGAUGUAAGAUUGAAAAGCGUAAAGAUACUGAUUCUAGAAUACCAUGGAAGACUCUCAUUAGCAUUUGGAUUAUUGUUCUUUGCAUUGCUCUACCAAUAUCUUCACUCUUUCCGUUCCUCUACUUCAUGGUAAGAGAUUUUCACAUAGCAAAGCAAGAGGAAGAUGUGGGAUAUUAUGCUGGUUUCGUUGGUUCUGCAUUCAUGUUUGGAAGAGCAUUGACUUCUGUUUUCUGGGGGCAAAUUUCUGAUCGAUAUGGUCGGAAGCCUGUUAUCAUUUUCGGAUUAAUCACAGUGGUGAUUUUCAACACUAUGUUUGGUCUGAGUGUAAACUUUUGGAUGGCAAUCUCAACUAGAUUUCUUUUAGGAAGUUUAAUUGGAACGCUUGGACCUGCAAAAGCAUAUGUAUCUGAGAUAUGUCGGGAUGAACACCAGGCUGUAGGCAUGUCAAUGAUUACUUCAGCUUGGGGAACAGGAUUGGUAAUUGGACCUGCACUUGGAGGGUUACUAGCCCAGCCAGCAGAAAAAUAUCCGGAGUUAAUUUCUGAAGAGUCGUUGUUUGGAAGAUUUCCAUACUUAUUGCCCUGCCUUAUCAUAUCAAUUUUCGCAGCGCUUAUAACUGUUGGUUCAUUUUGGCUUCCGGAGUCACUGCACAUGCAUAAUACAAAAAAUGCAGUGGUGGGUGAUACAUUUGAAGCUAUGGAAUCUGCAGAAGAAUCUAGUGUGAAAAAUCCUAGCUUGUUCAGAAACUGGGCCUUGAUGUCUUCUAUAAUAGUGUACUGUAUUUUCUCCCUUCAUGAUAUGGCUUAUACAGAGAUAUUCUCAUUAUGGGCAGUUAGUCCAAAGACAUUAGGGGGAUUAAGCUAUUCAUCAGAAGAUGUUGGUGUUGUUCUUUCUGUCACAGGUUGCGGAUUGUUGGUCUUUCAGGUUUUCAUUUAUCCAUACAUCGACAGAUGUUUAGGGCCAGUCAGGCUAGCUCGAAUUUGUGGGGUGUUAUCGAUACCUCUGUUACAAAGUUACCCUUUCAUAGCAUUAUUAUCUGGGUUAAGCCUCAGUUUUGUGUUGAAUUCCGCCUCUGUGAUCAAGAACUGUUUAUCGGUUUGCAUCAUCACCAGCACAUUUAUUUUGCAAAAUAAAGCAGUGGAUCAACAUCAACGAGGAGCUGCUAAUGGCAUUUCUAUGACCACUAUGUCGCUUUUCAAAGCCAUUGGUCCAGCUUUUGGUGGUGCACUGCUUUCUUGGUCAGAGAAACGUCAAGAUGCUGCAUUUCUCCCAGGAACCCAUUUGGUGUUUCUCCUCCUAAAUGUGGUAGAAAUUGUGGGAGUACUAUUGACAUUCAAACCGUUUCUAGUUCAACGUCAAGACUAAGAGAACAUAUUUGAAAUUACCGACUCUCGCCCUUGCAUAGGACGUAUAGUCUCGGGAUUGCUAAUUAUGGAUUAGAUAUCGCCCGAGUAGUAGUAACUCCGGUGAUAUCUUUAGCUACCAAAACAUUCAACGUAGAGAGAAAAUUUGUUGGCAUAAUUCCUAAAUGGUCUAUGGAGAUCAUUUUGGUUAUGAAUCCUCAUGUCACAAAAGAGGUUAUUUUUGGUAAUAGGUACUUAGGUGGUAUACUGGUAUCUCAUUUCUCAUCAUGUGCAAGUAUAAGAGUUUUAAUUUUUUUAUUUUUGUUAUAGAUUAAUAAAUUAUUUAAAGCCAUAAAUAUUCAAAAAUUGUAAAUAUAUAGUUUUGUUCUCAAGCAUCAUUUUGUAUCUUUUUAUGUUUUCUAUCCGAUUUUACUAGUAAUAAAAUUACUAUUCUUAUAUUAAUUUAUAAUUGUAUGUGGAUGAAAGAGAAGAAAUGACCAAUGCUCCUUUUUUU